AUGGCACCCACGAUCCCGGAGAAGCAAUGGGCCCAGGUCGUCGAAAAGCAAGGCGGACCCCCGGGGUACAAGCAAAUCCCCGUGCCGACCCCGGGCCCGGACGAGGUGCUCGUGAAGAUCAAGUACACGGGCGUGUGCCACACGGACCUGCACGCCAUGAAGGGCGACUGGCCACUGCCAACCAAGAUGCCGUUCGUGGGCGGCCACGAAGGCGCCGGUAUCGUGGUGGCCAAGGGCGAGCUGGUGACCAACAUCGAGAUCGGCGACCACGCCGGCAUCAAGUGGCUGAACGGGUCCUGCCUGGUGUGCGAGUUCUGCCAGACCACCGACGAGCCCCUGUGCGCUGCUGCCCAACUCUCGGGUUACACCGUUGAUGGCACGUUCCAACAGUAUGCCAUCGGCAAGGCGGCCCAUGUUGCUAAGCUGGACAAGGAGAUCCCGCUCGAUGCGGUUGCGCCGAUCCUCUGUGCGGGUAUUACGGUCUACAAGGGCCUCAAGGAGUCGGGUGCUCGGCCGGGUCACACGGUUGCGAUUGUUGGCGCUGGUGGUGGAUUGGGUUCGCUGGCGCAGCAGUAUGCGCGCGCUAUGGGACUGCAUGUGAUUGCCAUCGAUGGCGGCGAGGAGAAGCGUGUUAUGUGCGAGAAGCUUGGUGCUGAGACCUACAUCGACUUCAGCACGUCCAAGGACCUCGUCGCCGACGUCAAAGCCGCCACCCCCCAGGGCCUGGGCGCCCACGCCGUGAUUCUCCUCGCCGUCUCCGAGAAGCCCUUUGAACAGGCCAUCGAGUACGUGCGGCCCCGGGGCACCAUCGUGGCCAUCGGCAUCCCCGCCCACGCGUUCCUCAAGGCUCCCGUGUUCGAGACCGUCAUCAAGAUGAUCGACAUCAAGGGCAGCUAUGUCGGAAAUCGCCAGGACGGCGUCGAGGCCAUCGACUUCUUUGCGCGCGGCUUGAUCAACGCGCCGUUCAAGACUGUUCCGCUGAAGGACUUGCCGAAGGUGUUUGAGUUGAUGGAGGAGAACAAGAUUGCCGGUCGUUACGUUCUUGAGAUUCCUGAGUAA